CUUCUAAGUCUCUCAGGGGUACCAGCAACUUGAAAAAUAGGACCCCCUGUUGCGUUCGCACAAUUUUCAUAACUAAUAUUCCAAAGAUGCAACAGUCACCUCUCCAGCACGAAAACCCACAAACCAACACGAUUUCGUUGGAAGUUAAUUCUACACAAAACGUCCAAACACCUUUAACUCCACAGACACGCGAUCCGACUUACCAUGUAAUUGCUACGUCUUCUCAACUUAAUGCCCAACUUAGCACUCAGCGGUCUCCGUUCGUCGUAGAACUUACCGCUUGCGUGCCACCAGCUGGAGCUUCAACUGCUGCAUCGGAAACUGUUGCAACACCAGUGACAAAAAAUUCACCAAACACAUCAACGUCUGUAUCGCAGAACAUUAAAGGUCCAGACCUUUUUUCUCACCAAGCAACGUUUCCUAUUCAGCAGACGCCUUUCAAACAUCCUAAUCCUACCCAACCGGUGUCUGUAGUAGCUAUUUCUGCUCUUUUAGAACCUGAUCAGAGGACUGAAGAGCUUUUGGGUGCCUUGUCUAUCGAACAGCUAACCACCGCUAACAGCGGUCUUAGUAAUAAUCCAGCUACUCAUGCACGAGUCGAGCAUUCGGUACCGAACACGAACACAACUCCAAUGUUAGCACCAAAUCCUCUGCCUUCACCUGUUAACCCUAGUACCACCUUAUCUUUUGUUUCAUCAAAUGUCAAUAACAGAGUUCAGGUACAAGAUCAACAAAUUCAUCAACAGCCUAAUCCCGACCACCAACAGAAUCGUACACAGCAACGGCCAGUGCAACAAACACAAAAUCACUCAAGCCAACCGCAGCAAAAAAUAUCACCUCAAACACAAACUAUCUCAAAGCAACAAACGUCAGAAAUAUCUACUCGACCUCGACGAUCUGAUGUUCCUAUCACUAAUCCAAAUCCAAAUCAUGCCCUUCCAGCAACAGAUCCAAUUAUCGAGGAGUUUGAGGGCGUGCAAUGGGUUGUUUUUACAUAUUCGGUUAAAGGCAACAAUAAAGAAUACCGUAUACGGAUUGAUGUCGAUAAUGUUAACCUUGAUGAGAUCGAUGAACAGUUUAGACAUGAUAAUUGUCUUUAUCCAAGAGCUAAUUGUACAGAGGACAAGUACCAAGGUAAUCGGUGGUCAUAUGAAAAUGAAUGUAAUGCUUUAGGAUGGAAAUUGGCUUGGCUUAACCAAGAAGAGAUUAGCGGCCGAAGAGGACUACUUCAAAGAGCAGUAGAUAGCUUUCGAAAUCGUGAUCCUUCAUUACGUUCUCGGAGAGUUGUUCGGAAUGAAAAGAUUAUGAAUGGAACACUACGUAAGAGAGUCACCAGGGAUAACGACUCUUGUGAUGCUUCAUCUGAACUUUCCGCCAAACGACCCCGCGGUGCGAGUAAACAGUUGACAGUAGAAUAUACGAUGAAAGAAGAGACUACCAAAAUUCGUAUACGUGCUGAUGUUGAGUGUGUAAAUUUGUCUGAAAUCUCGGAUGAUUUUAAAAAAAAUAACUGUGUAUAUCCUAAAGCUGCUGUUGCAAAGGCAAACUAUCAAGGAACAAACUGGGAAUAUGAGUCGGCAUGCAAUGAAUUAGGCUGGAAAUUGGCUCACCUGAAUUCUAUGAAACUUAAUGGAAACAUAUUACUUCUUCAAAAAGCAAUAGACACGUACUACGCAAAAUACACUUCUGACUCUAAACCUCGUCGAGGAAGAUAUUCGCAUACCCUUUCAUCUAAAUUCUUCGAAAAUCAUCCUCGUGAAGUGAGUUCGGAUGCCACUACGUGUGCGGCGACAUCAUUACCAAUGAAAGAAACUAGCCAUCAGACAACGUCAGUUAUUGCACCUGAUACCAUGGUUGUACUAACGCCUUCCGAUUCUAAACCAGCA